UGUGAGUAUGUGGUAAAUUCUGUGUGGGGAAGAGCCAUGGGUUUGAUGGUGGGCAGGCUGGGGCUGAGGUGCUGUUUGGGGGGAAGUUGUGAAACUGGAAGUGAAAGUCUGAAGGCUUUCUUGAGGGAUUUUGUGAAAUCGGAAGUGCCUGAGGUGUGGUGAAGGACUGUGCUGAAAGACUGAAGUGGCAGGUGGGGUGUGGAGCUGCACUGAAAGAGCUCCUGCCACCAGAAUUAUUCACUGGGGGCAGAACAAGCAGAGGCUGGGAAGUUAUGGGUGCUGAGGUGUGAAUUUUGGGUGGACCCUCCUCCAGGGAAGGUCGGAUGAAAAAAUAGGGACUAAAUACGGUGCUGAAUUUUGUUGGGAGAGACUGUGGGUCAGGAGAGGACAGUGUGGUGAUGGGUGUGUUAUGGUUGGGCAGGGACAAUAGGGAUGAGCAGCUGUGCUGAGGGAGGUUGCAAAACCAUCAGCAAAGGUGUUUUGGGAGAGGAAUGAAAAUUUCUCUGUGUAACCCCGAGCGGCAGUAAAGCAUCAUCUUCAGGGGCUGUGAAACCACUGCAUCUCAGGGACAUGGGUAUGAAACAUCAAUGCAAGAGGCAAGGGGUGGGUUUGUAUGGACAAAACUGGCUGGAAAGAGGAGAAUUAGUAAAACAAAAAUUGUUUCCAUGACACUGUGAAGAGGGGAAGGGGAAGUGGUUCAGUUAUCACACACACGUGAUGUUCUCCCCUGAAGAGUGAUUGGCUGGUGUGUGUCACACUGGCUUUUUAAAGUGUUUGAUUAGCCCAGCACUGCAGUAUUGACACAAGGACCUUGUCUGGACCCUAUGCCACAGAAUUCAGGGGACAAUAUUGCCCAGCAGAUCCACACCAGGCAGCUGCUGCAAAGCCAUCACUGAAAUUCCAAGGAACCCACAAGAAGGUGUGUCUGGAAUCACCCAUUAUGAGUUCCACAGCCACACCAGUCUUCCUUCCAGCCACAACCACCCAGGCCCUCGGGACUAACCAGAGUGGGGCUGUGGGACAACAGGAGCCAUCCUAUGCUGUCUUGAAGUUCAUGGAGAGCUUCUGCCUCAUCAGCUCUGCCUGUGGGAUGGUGGGGAACGCCCUGGUCCUGUGGUACCUGGGCUUCCGCAUCCGCAGGAACCACUUCACAGUCUACAUCCUGAAUCUGGCAGCCGCCGACUUUGGGUACCUGCUCUGCAUCGCCAUCGAGACCGUCCAGUACCUGAUGCAGUUCAAUGUGGGGGUGCAGUUUGGGAUAUUCCUCUUCCUGGAUCUCUCCAUGUAUGGGACCGGCCUGUACCUACUGACAGCCAUCAGCAUCGAGCGGUGCCUGUCUGUGCUCUCUCCAAUCUGGUGCCGGGCCCACCGCCCCAAACACUUGUCUGCCAUCAUCUCCGGCCUGCUCUGGGCUCUGUCCUUGCUGCUGAACACACUGGGGUACAUUCUGUGCACCAUCCGCCCCUCUCCCAAGCUCUGCCAGAGCCUGCUCAUCACCAUCGGGACCUUCGACUUCCUCAUCUGCGCACCCCUCAUGCUGCUCUUCAGCCUCACUCUCUUCCUCAGGGUCAAGUGCAGCUCCCAGCACUUCCAGACGGGCCGGCUCUUCACCAUCAUCAUGCUCACCAUCCUCCUCUUCCUCAUCUUUGCCGUACCCCUCAGCGUCCUCAUCCUCUUCGACUUCCUGGGUUACAAAUUUCUCUACUCCCCAGAGAUUGGCUUUGUGCUGUCUUGUGUCAACAGCACCCUCAACCCUGUCAUUUACUUCCUGGUGGGAAGCUACAGGGAUCGGAGGUUCAAGCUCACCCUUGGACUGGCAUUCCAGAGGGCCUUUGAAGAGUCAGGGGACGACAAAGAUGAACGGGAAACCAGGGACUCAGUAACUAUGUCCUCCUAAAAGCCUGGUCUAGAGACAAGAGUGGGCAGAGUUGAAGAACUCCAAGGUUUUGGGGAAGGUUCAUUGCACCUGACCUUCAGUAUCCUCACUGUAGAUAGUUCAGCUAAUUAAAUGAGUUCUGUCUGUGAUCAGUGAAAUCACACAAGGACCUGGACCACAGAAUUUUCCUGAACUGUAUUUGGACCACAAGUGACUAUUAAAGAACAUUAAUUUGAUAAGGUGAAAUGUCUUGGUGUCUGAAUUUCCUCAAAGGAAUCUUACUUAGAAUUUGCACUUCACUCAAUAAAUCCCUGUCAUUCCUAAGUGCGUGAAUUCUCAGUCACUUUUCACUCGGAUCGCUGAAGAUGAGAUGAGAAACAACCUUCCUCUUGUUGAAAUCAAACAUAAAACUCCUGCAAGGAGGAGGAAUUUAUCCCAUUUAAUUUUAAA